GUCAGCAGUCAUUCUAUCGAUACCAAACCUCUGGAGUCAGUAUAUCAGACAUCAAAACAUGUUCCGCAUAAAUUCGAGGCUCAUUACCGCACGUAAAAAUUGCUUUGUAUCGCAAUUUAGUUCUCUUCCGGAGAUACUGACGUCUGAACUAGACGGAAUCAAAUCGGCCGGCACCUGGAAAAAUGAGAGGGUCAUAACAUCUCCUCAGAGGACUGAAAUUUCUCUGACGAGUGGACAGGAAGUGCUCAAUUUUUGCGCUAAUAAUUAUUUGGGACUGGCGAAUAACAAAGAAGUGGUAGCAGCAGCGAAAUCUGCCCUCGAUAAUUACGGAGCGGGUCUCAGCUCCGUGAGAUUCAUCUGUGGAACUCAGAGUAUUCAUCGGGACUUGGAGCGAAAAAUCGCGGAGUUUCAUGAACGUGAGGAUGCAAUUGUAUACGCUUCUUGCUUCGAUGCUAAUGCCGGCUUAUUUGAGAUUCUUACGAGCCCCGAAGAUGCUGUUAUCAGUGAUGAGUUGAAUCAUGCUUCGAUCAUCGAUGGAAUUCGUUUAUGCAAAGCGAAAAAAUUCAGGUAUAAGCACAGAGAUAUGAAAGACUUGGAAACGAAACUCGAGGAGAGUAAAUCCUGCAGAAUGCGAGUGAUAGCGACUGACGGAAUUUUUUCUAUGGACGGAAAUAUAGCACCUCUUCCUGAAAUCAUCCAAUUAGCAAAGAAAUACGACGCCAUUACCUUCGUAGAUGACUGUCAUGCAACUGGAUUUUUCGGAAGAACUGGAAGAGGAACCGAGGAGUACUUCGACCACCUCGGGCAAGUCGACAUAAUAAACUCCACCCUGGGAAAGGCCCUGGGGGGCGCAGCCGGUGGAUACACAACGAGCUCCAGCGCUCUGGUGGACUUGCUGCGCCAGAGAAGUCGUCCUUAUUUGUUUUCAAACUCCCUCCCACCCCCAGUCGUAGCCUCGGGGAUGAAGGCCCUUGAGCUAGUCAUGAAUAGUUCAGAACUCCUGGAGCAGUUGAAGGAGAAUACCCAACGAUUUAGGACAGCCAUGACCACUGCAGGAUUCGUCAUCAGUGGGGAAAAUCAUCCAAUUAGUCCUGUGAUGAUUGGAGAUGCAAAAUUGGCGUCUGACUUUGCUGACAAGAUGCUCGAAAGAGGCAUUUAUGUGAUUGGCUUCAGUUAUCCAGUUGUACCCAAAGGAAAAGCGAGAAUUCGUGUACAAUUGAGUGCAGUUCAUACGAGAGAGGAUAUUGACAGAGCUGUCAAUGCAUUCACCGAAAUUGGCAAAGAACUGAACGUCAUUUAAUCACAGAAUUCAAUCGCAAAAGUCUUCUCUCCAUUUUAUAAAAUGAGUUAUUUGGGCUGUUUCAUACAAUUUUCCCCGGGUAAUAUGGCAAAAAUGAGAAGUUACAGUCUUUGUAAUCAUAAAAGAAGAUAAAAAAUAAA